CGAAUGCACGUAUUUUGUUUUCAGUUUACUGGUGACCAUCAACAGUACAGGAUAUAGUAAAAUAGUUUUAGAAUAAUUAUUCUUUUUAUGCAUUGAGUGUCGAAUGAAUCUUGUCCAGUGAAAUUUUCGGUUCAAAUAGAGGAACUGAUAUCCUAAUAAAUCAUCACUAAUAAUGACAACGACAAUGUCGCAUCCCGUCGUUGAUAACAGCAACCCGCGCUACAUCGUGUGGAAUGGGGUUCGUUACAGACGCCUUUGGACACAUCCGGUAACCGCCGAAUCACUUCCGGGAGAACUGCUUGAAAAAAUCCUAAAACACCUAGACUGGACCGACUUGAAGUCGGCAAUGCAAGUGAAUAAAUUCUGGGCCGAUACAGUAUUAGGUUAUCAACGGUGGUGGGAUGGAAAACCACUGACAUCGCACUUGCAUUUGACUGUUAUGCCAUGUGCAGAAGAAAAUGGCUCAGAUUACCAGCAUUACAGAUUGGAAGACUAUCACCAGAUACUUAUAAAAAGUCGCCGGAGGUACAAACACAUUACCAUUUACUGGGGAAGUUGGGACAGAUGCCAAAAAACCAAUCAGGUCAAGGAUCAGAUGGUUUUGGACAUAAUCAAGCGCUUCAAAGAAAGACUGGUAUUGUUAAAAAUAAUAUCCGGAAAGUACGAUAUGCCUCCAUGGAUAAUGAGUGAUAUACUGAGAACCUGCAUUUAUCUAAAACAUCUCGACAUCAAUGGAAUGCAGAUUGUACCCGAAGCAAGAAAUUACCAAUAUUGCAAUACAGACACAUUUCGAACCGGGAUCAAAUCGCUGUAUGACAGUAAUCAAAUCUUCAGUCCUAAUCCGUUGGCAUCGAACUUGUUUGCCAAUCUUACCACCUUGCAGGUGAAGAUAACUCCAGCUAAAAAGCAUAAGAAUCUGUUCCGCAAGAUAAGUCCACAGUUGGUCGAACUUAUUUUGAGCUGGGAGCUCGACAUGAACUCGCAAGUGCCAUUUCCGAAUGAUGAAUUUCCACUAUUGGAUACCUUGACCCUUGAGAGCGCAAGAACGGGACCGGAUACUAAGCUUGGACAGUUCUUGCAACGGAUGCCAAAACUGAGGAAGCUUGUUCUGUCUCCACAUCAAGAUGAACACGUUUCCGUACUGUCAUGGAUUAACUCGGAAAAUCUGCACCAUCUGGAAGUGACGCCUUAUUCCUUGUGCCCGAAGAAGUUCGCGCUUAUCGCGAAGUUUCCAAACCUGGAGACUAUUUGCAUCAGGGGAGCUCAUGCCAUGCCAAAUGGACCGAAAAAAGAGGGUAUCGUGUUUGACAAGACCAAGCGUCUAGCGCUUUAUGGCCAUGAAUGGCGACCGCAUCUGACAAAUUUCCUAACCUUUUUCCCUAACUUGGUUGAACUUGAGCUAGAAGCCAAAGCAUGUUGGAGCCCUGCGGAUGCACGUUGCAUUAGUAAUUUUGCUUCACUACAGCGGUUAAUUAUUAACGAGGGACUUGGAACUUUGGAAUCUUUCAUGGAAUUUUGCGGAGGACUGAAGGUACCGGAGUUGACAAUCAAUACCCAAAAUAACGCCUUUAUCGUCAAAGCUAAAUCUAAGCCAUAUACUAAAGCUCCGCACAUUAGAAAGUUGUCCUUCAAUGCUUACAUGAUUGAGCCCAGUAUUUAUAAACCAAUGAUGAGUGCAAUGCCAAAUUUGAGACGGCUGGAGCUGACAUUACAGAUUCCAUGUGUUAAUGAAAUCUAUCGGAGGAUUUGCGCAAAAUUCCCAUUGUGUGUUACUGUACGGAAGAACUACGAAAAAUAUGAAUCAGUAUUCGAUAAUACUUAAGAUUGAAAGUAAUUUGAGAACUAGGAAACUUCUCAAACCUUUUGGGAAGUUUCCUAAUAUAUGAUGGAAAAAGGACCUCUGGAGCCGGGCUUCGAAAAGAGGUAGUCAAGCACAAACACAUUAGUCAUAAUAUAAGAUAAACCAAAGAGUCUACAUACUGAAAGUAAUGUGCCUUUCCUAACUAGCUUUGAUAAUCUGAAAUAGAAUUUAAUAUUUGUUAGAGAAAAAAAACGGACACUAGAUUUAAAUAUAGAACGACCCAUUGGUCAAGCAGAAA